AUGCAGCUCUCUGGUGCCCAGAUGAACAGAGGCACCCCUGGGACUCCCCAGACCCACUCUCAUAUCCACAUGAGUGAUUAUAGCAUUGACACGAUACAACAAGACCAAGUUGAUCACAGCUUUCCAUCUCAGAUUUCAGAAUCCCUGAUGAAUGGAAUGGCCCCAGAUAAUCCCCAGCCAGACCUUUUUAUCAACUUGGAUGAUUCCAGCAUGAACUUGAUACCACAGGAUCCAGCUGAUCCCACUACAGCAACAUGGAAGAAGCAUCAAGAAUGCACCUCAUUCACUCACAGACAGCAUGAAGAGUUGGAGGCUCUGUUUAGCACCAUGUUUCCAGAUAAAAAUCUCCAGAAGGAAUUCGCUUUGAAACUCAACCUACUGGGGUCUACAGUAAAUACUUGGUUCAGGAACCGGCAAUUCAAACUGAGGAAGCAGCAGCAGCAACAACAGCAAUCACUAAAGCAACAAAACCAGAUCCUUCCAGCCAAGACGGUGCCCAACUCACCCACAGCAUCAAGCAGUCCUUGUUCUUUUUUUCCUGCAGUUUCCGAUUUCUAUAGCUCCCUUCCACCUCAGCCCUUAGGCCCUUCUUGGCCCUGGGACUCGAUCAUUACUGAGAGUCCCACAAGAGAUGUCCAAAUGCAGGAUCUUCAGUUGGAGAGACUAGUGGCCUCAGUUCCUGCCUUGUACUCUGAUGCCUAUGACAUAGCCCAAAUCAUGAAACUAUAUAGUUUUCCUGAUGAAGAUGAGAUAUCCAGCUCUUCUUUUCAGUAUCUGUAUUGGUAUCUCUUGCCCACAAGGCCCCAGCUGGAAGAACAGAGUUCCUCUCUUAGCAUCUUUGCUGGUCUAGGAGUAGGUCCCCCUGGGCAAACCUGGUCCAGUAUGACAAGCCAGCGUUUUGCAAUCAACAGUCUAAGAGGGGUUCUAGAAUUCCAGAACCCUUCCAGUAUGGUGGACUUUGGAGUUCUUUGA